AUGAGUCAACAACAACGGGAUGCGCCGACUAGGGGUGGAUCAGUGAAAAGAGCAAGAGAAAGAGCGGCAGCAGGUAGGCCUACCGAACCGAUACCUGCACCAAGACCUUACGAUCCUUCGUCGCUGAACGAUAUUCCAAUUCCGCCAAGAGCAAGACACCAAGGUCCACCAGGAAUGCCAAUAACCGGUGCUCAAAGUGCUGUCGGCAUGACGAUUUCUCGACCUACUCAAGUAGCGCCGCAAUGGCCAUUGAUGGGAACAAACUCUGGUCGAGAACCUCAACAGUAUCAAGCUCCUCCUAAUCGCGGCCCACCUCCCCAAAGACCACCAAGACCUAGUCAUGUGCCUUCGAUCCUUGAUGCGUCUAGAAUACAAGACAUUACUCCAACAUUUCAAUACCAACCCCAACAACCUCCACAAUCACAAAAUUUAUUUCCACUACCACAACCUCGUGGCUCGCCACGGAAUCAAGAUAACGACUUCGAUCCAAGCUUUCCAUCAAUGCAAUCGCCACUAACGUCAUCAUCCCGUCGUUCGACCGUUUCAUCCGUUGGUACAAUACCUGACUUCCCUGUUCCGAUACCAGCUGUUGUGCCGGCAGGCAGGAAAAGUGCUAAUCUAGGGCCACCUCCAACUUCUAGGAGAGGCGCUUCAUCAUAUUAUUCACAAGCUUCUUUCGUUUCCCCAAUUCCAGAGGUAUCAGAGGGCUUGGGCCUCAGUCCACGGACACUUGCUGGUUCACAUAGUUCAUAUGCAUCGAGUGCAGCUAUACCUUCGAGUUGGGGACCAGAAUCGCCCGGCUAUUAUCGGUCCGAUGAGGACGAUGAGGACGAUGAUGAUUAUGAAGAUGAUAGACGGUUCGAUGCAGUCUCGGAAGGUCGGGAAUCCAGAGGAUCAUAUGACAACGACGAUCAAGGAUUGAUUAGAAGUGCUAGUAUUGGCAAACGAGCGAGACCCUCUAUGAUCACAACACGAUCUUCAGGUCAGAUCGAUCCAGCACGACUUGCUGCAUUGUCAAUGCCACCCGAUACCAGAAGACUAGGGCCAACACCAUUACAACACUCAAUACUGAGUCCAGUAGAAGCUCAAAGAUCAGCACAAUGGCCGAUUCCUGGGAACCCAAACUCACCUUUAGCUGGUGGUACUGGUCUUAUUGACCCUACUCCAUCAAAUUCUGACGCGUCAGUUCCAACGAAUGCCAUGGUGGUGAUGACCGAUUUGCCUUCACGAGAUGGAACAAAGAGCCCGGGCGCAAAUGCUAUGCUCGGAGCAUACCAAGCCGCAAGUGCCUUACCUAGUGACACGAGUAGGACGAAAUCAUCUUUUGCAAACGAGGGAGGACCUUUCAGUAGGUUAUCAGCAAUUCGUCGACCACCACGUCUCAAUAUCGAUGCAGUGAGGGAGGCAGAAGCGAGAGGCAGUUUGACAAGUUUGCCGGAUUUGAUUAGGAGAGCAACAAGAUUAGCAUCGAUGAUGGAUCGUGGUAGAAGACCAGCAAGUCGAAUGGGUCUGGAUGAUUUUCCAAGCGACAGGGACUUCCCAAAUGAGAAAGAAAUCGAACUUUCACCUAAUUAUGACACACCUAAUUAUGACACACCUAAUUAUGACAGACGAGGUUCUACUCUCUCUGGAAUGUUAUCAGCCUUUCCACCUCCUGGUCAUGAGACGCCUGUUCGCGACACUCCACGACCUUUAUCAACUUGGCCGGAAUACGAUCCAAAUGAUCCAAAAUCUGUCAAAAGUGGAAAGAAACAAAGGAAGUGUUGCGGUCUACCUUGUUGGGGGUUCAUUGUCGUUUUAAUAAUCUUACUCAUAAUAAUUGCGGCCGCCGUCGUCGUACCUCUUAAAUUUCUUGUAAUUGACAAACCCGCCACAAGUAAAGCCGCAACCGUCACCCCAGCACAAAGCUGCGCCGCGGGUACUUCAACUGCCUGCCAAAACGGUGGAACUUCUUACAGUGACAACGGUGUUUGUUCUUGCAUAUGCACAAAUGGAUUUACAGGAAGCACAUGCACAGUUGCAGGAAGUACAGGUUGCACAACUACAUCAUCAGGCACUACCGCGAAUAUCACUAUUGGCGAUUCGAUACCUCGACUUAUUUCGGCAGCUCAAACCAAUUUUUCGAUUCCCUUAUUCGAAAAUACCAUUCUGGCGAGAUUCAACACCGGGAACUUGAGUUGUGCGUCGGAAAAUUCGCUUGUUACUUUUGAUGGAAGCGAUGAAAGAAUAGGGGAUGCAAGUGCUGAAGCAACACCUUCCACGGCCAAUAAGCCGAAACGGGAUACACCGCCAGACCCUACAAAGAUCAAGAUCCGCGCAAUUAUAAGCCCAGACUCGACUUUCAUCUCUACGUAUAUCAUCUCGGUAGACUCUUCCACCGCUCAAGCAACGUCCACUUCCUCACAGUCUCAAGCCACUUCAACUAUUUUCUCCGCAUCGUCUUCUAUUGCGUCGCCGUCUACAACUUCUUCUCCGACCACAACAAAAACUACUUCCGCCACUCUAACGACUUCCACGAUUGAUCCGACAGCUGUCUUUACUAUCACGCAGGAAGUCCUCGACUUUGCAAGAGUCACAGUACUUUUUGUUUUGCAGCAGGAAAAUUUGGAUAAUGCAGUCACAGCACAGGGACAGCUCCAAAAGUUUUUCAAUCAACAAAGCUUCGAGAACCUAGCCGCCAUGAAUGUGUCGAUGGGAGGUGGAAAUACUAUUAAUUUGGUGGAGUUCAAGGUGGACUUGGGGGAUGAGACGGUUGGUCAAAGGAAUACCGUCACACGGUAA